GGGGAAGUAUUGUGCAGAACGUCGCCCGCCCGCCUGCGCCGCCGCCGCCUCAUGCCACGGCGCCGUCCUGCCGCCGACCCGGCGACCUGCAUGGCCAAGCAUGGGGAGCGCUGCGCCUUCCCGCGCCCCCAGGGCUGAGCCGCCGUUCGCCGCCCUCCGGCUGCUGCUCGCCGCACUGGGGCUGCUGCUGCCGGGCACAGGUGACUGUCAGCUGCACACAUCUUGUGGAAUCCAGAAGUGCACCACUGAUUUUGUAUCCUUCACUUCACAUCUAAAUGCAGCUCUUGAGGACUUCGAUUUGGAGUUCUGCAAAGCCCUGCGGGCAUAUUCUGUGUGUACUUAUCGCAAUUCCAAAGUAUGCCGUGGAAACCUAGUCUACCAUUCUGCAGUGCUUGGGAUUGGCGAUCUCAUGACCCAGAGAAACUGUACCAAAGAUGGACCCACAUCCUCCACCGACCCUGAAAUGACCCAUGAUCCUUGCAAUUACAGUGGCCGCACAGAAGUGAGAGAGCAUCGUGGGGGAGAGGAGACUCCUCCUCCUACUUACCUGUUUUGUGGCUUGUUUGGGGAUCCUCAUCUGAGGACUUUUAAGGAUCACUUCCAGACAUGCAAAGUGGAAGGCGCUUGGCCCCUCAUAGACAAUAACUACCUAUCAGUGCAAGUGACCAAUGUGCCUGUGGUCCCAGGAUCCAGCGCUACUGCUACAAAAAAGAUAACUAUUAUCUUCAAAUCAUACCAAGACUGUACAGAUCAGAAAGUAUAUCAAGCAAUGACUGAUGACUUGCCUGCAGCUUUUGUUGAUGGUACAACAAGUGGAGGAGAUGGGAACACCAGGAGCUUGCACAUUGUGGAGAAAGUCAGUGGCAAAUACAUUGAGAUGCAUGCUAAGUACAUCGGGACCACAGUGUAUAUCCGCCAGCUUGGGCACUACCUGACCCUGGCCAUUCGCAUGCCCCAGGAGUUGGUCAUGGCCUACGAGGAGAGCCAGGAUCUGCAGCUGUGUGUGAACGGCUGCCCCUCCAGUGAACGUAUUGAUCAGAGUGGCCACUUGCCAUUGCCUGUGAUGGGGAAGCUGCUUCCGUGGGGUGCUGCAGCUCAUCCCCUGUCAGGGUACACACUGGAAACAGCCACCACCAAAUGCCAUGAGAAGAUACUUGUGAAGGACAUCUAUUUUUACUCAUGUGUGUUUGAUCUCCUCACCACUGGUGAUGCCAACUUCACAGCUGCUGCUCACAGUGCCUUGCAGGAUGUGAAGGCACUGCACCCCAGCAAAGAGCACUGGCAUAUCUUUCCCAGGAGUGGAGGUGGUAGUGUGGGCAGGGGUAGCAAAUUCUUUGUCAGUCUUGUACUUCUGUGCUUGAUCUUUGUUGCGUAUUUGUAGGAUAUUUUUUUUUUUUUUAGACUGUAACAAAAUUUUGAAAUAUAUAUUGUCAUAAUAUAUUGAGUAAAGAUGAAUAUAUAUGUAUAUACCAUGUAUAUGAAGGAAGGUUUUGUCUUGGGUCAUCCACCAGAUUGGAUGUUAACUGUUUUCAUGUAUGUUUGAUUCAGUAUUCUAUGUAUCUAUUUGUUUUACAGUUGCUGAAAAGUUUUAUAAUGUCCCUGCAUUGGGACCUGAUAAAAAGCACUUUAUUUUUUACAUAUUAAAUAUAUGUGUGUAUCUGAGUAAGUAUGUAUUACACAUUAAAUACUCAGUGCUCUCUCUGUCUUCUCUAAAUACUACUUGGUUUAACACUUUUUUUUUUUUUUUUAACUGAACUAACUUGUGGGUUUUCCCAAGAAACCUUUAGUUAAUGUCAAAUGUGUAUAUUUUGAAGCUAGUGAAUGGUCUCUGGAGGGAGCAGAGAGAGCUUAAACUUAGAGGGAACACCUUUUUUUUUUACCUGUCCACAGGCCCUCCAGUUGUCUGUGUUAUUAAAGGCUACAGAUUAAUAUUGUUUUUCAUACUUGGAAACCCCAUAGUGUAUCAGUCUUUGCAAAGUGUUUUAGAUGUGAUUCAUCAGUAUACCAGUAGGUAUUUGUGUGUAUGUAAAAGAGUGGACGUGCAGUGUGUAAAUAUUUUAAAUUAUUAUAAUAGAAAAAUAGUAGCCCUCCACCGCUCCGCUGAGGAACGUCAGGAAGGUGGUAUAAGUGACCCCUGGUGGGGUGCACAGAAAUUGGGGAUGUAGACCACAUACUAGGCACGUAAUAUAUAAAUAAAUUCUCAGUUUGUCUCCUAGCCAAAUAGGAUGGAUAGGAUAUUGGAUAGGAAUGUGCUGAAUAUAGUUGUUACACUUCUUGCAGGUGCUAGUUUCCCUCUGCUACAUAAGAUGUGUCAAUUUGUGACCAGCAGCUGCAAACCAGGCCAGUGUAUUGAAAAGACAGUAUGUGGGAAACUAAGAUGAGGAACCAUUUCCUCGGGGUCCCAGUUGUACAGUUCCUUUGUAGCGUUUACAGAAAUACUUACAAGAACUUUUAACACAAGGAUCUGUGUUACUGCUGCAUCCCUCAUGAGAGGCGUUGUAAAAAUCCUCUUUUCAGGUUAUUGGAGAACUCUAAGGCCAGAAGAACCCUGAAACAGAAAAUUAUUUUCUGUAAAACUAAAGAAGAGGUGGUGAAAUUUGAAUAAAUGAUACAGAAGAGUCCACAAGAUUACAGAACUUAGCGUAAUAAGAUGGUCUGCUAAGUUAUAUGGAGUAUUUCAGCUGCCAGGCUAAUCACACAGUGUGAAGAUAAAUUGAUAGUGCCAAAACUUAAAAGAAGUUAUGUCAGAUACAUAUGAAGAAAUACAGACCUAAUGAACAUAAUCACAACUUAGAACAUUGCUUCACUAAGCUUGUAUUGCUGCUUGAAGUUGAGGUGUGUGAGAAAUAAUCUUAUCUGGGAGAUGUAUCAGUGAAAUGAGUUGUGGAAAUUGCUGUAGAAGCAAAAGGAGCAUUAAAUAUGUGUGUUUACUGUACGCAGAAGGCAGCUGUCAUUCUUGGAGGAGCUUACUCACAGGUGUCAGUCUAACACCACAAGCUCUGCAGAAGGCUGUAUUAAGUGAUCAUCUGUAUUUUAAUGCAGCAGCCAGUCAGCCAUUACUGUUACUGUCUGUUUGCUGGCCUUUGUCUUAAGCUACCCUUGGAUAUUAGUGGCUUAUUCAAAGGGUUUUUUAAGUAUCUUCUAGAGCACUCUUACCAUAUGCUAAUAGAGCUUCCACCAACAGAUGAUGAUUGUUCUCUGUAGUUGUGGAGUCUGACAACUUCCUUAGUAAGCAUGUUGCAGGACUGGCAGAGACUAUGGCUAACCCUUUAUUUUGUGUGUACAGAAGGCUCCUAAACAAGGAUAUAGUAAAAAGAAAUAGUAGGCUCAUUUGCCUGUCAAAUCAAAAAUUCUGGUUUUCUUCCUGGAAAACCUGUCUUGAAGAAGAAUCUGCAUAGAGCAUCUGUUAAGUGGGACACAACCAAAGAGAACAACCUUUUGUUCUUACGGUCAAGUUAUGGACCUUCAGUAUUGCAUUUCCUUUCAGACUGCUACUGUACUGCCAGAAACUAGAUCACCAAUUAUUUACAAUCUCCUACUUUAGCAUUAUGAUUAUCAUGCAUUUUUUUCAUGAGUUUUGAGGCUGUGCAAGUGUCUGUUUACUUAUAUAUACACUCCAAAGUGAAGUUAUCAAUUCUGCAAGCUUUGUACUGCCUAAUGAGAGUUUCAUUAGUGGAUGUGUUUUGAAAAAAAGCCCAGGAGUCUCAUGGCUUUCUUCUCAGAAGGGAAGAGACAUACAGCACAGUUUUAAUUUUGCAUUCAUUUUCUUCAUGUAAGUACAGCUAUGGUCUUUUACACUGAAAUUUUCAUUCUUUGGUUAUUUAUUGACCAUCUGUGUCUUGACUGAUAUAAAUUCUUUUCCGUCUUUCCCUGUUCUAGCUACAGAAGACUGCUAUGUCUAUACAAUGUCUGAACAGGACUUGUAAUGAUUCCUUUUUCUUAGCAGGUAUUCUGUGUUUUUUACAAGAUAAGCUUUCUCUGUAUUGUGCUGCUACUUCUCUUCAACUGUAUUCAAAACAAACGGACUGUGGGGAUCAUUGUUGUCCAUUAGAUUUUACAGUUCUUGUUAAUUACCUUGUUACGGAGAGCAAAAUAGCCACAGUCAAGAACAAGUAUACUGGUAAAUUUGUGAUGAUGAUGUGAAACAAUUGCAUCUGAUCUGAUUCAGAAUUCGUUAUGUUUGUAACUAAACUUUGUUGAAAUUAAAAGCUGCUAUUAGUAAAUUAACUGUGAACAGUAAGAUUGAUUAUAGUCUUUGUGCAGGGGUAUAUAUCAGGAUUCAUUAUAAAAAAGUAUGUCAUAUGAGGCAUGCCAAUAACUUAUUUGCAGGAAUUAUUUUACACUAGUUUUAAAGCUUAAUUUCCACUUCUGUCUACACUGUAACAAUAGAAGAAUACUCCUUUAUAUACACAAAAUGUAUACAUGUCAUUGAUUUAGCAUGUGCUGAGAGCUGGAACUACAAAAGUUUUGUAUGUCUAGUUUGUGUGUGAAGUA